AGGACAACAUUUUCGGCCAACCACGCCCAAGGAAGGGCCCAGGAGGCCAGGAUCUAUUCCCACUCCACACACGAGAGGGGAGACAUAGUGCAUGACACCCAAGCAGACGUGCCCUCAACCCAAUGGCUUGAGGCGCAACUUGCGUUCAAAGUUUCGAUGGUUCACGGGAUUCUGCAAUUCACACCAAAUGGCGAAGGGCAAGAAGAAGGAUCGUAGACCUCCACCUCCCACUCCUCCAAACAAGAAAGAGUUGCGUAACUUUCUUCGUUAUAUGGAGGGUGUGUCUGGGGCUGGAGGGGAGUCUGUGGAGUGUUCUGAUGCUGUGGAUAACUAUCCGGUCAUGACUGAGGAGGAUUUCCAUCCUUGCUCUAAACCUUGUGAGGUCAUGGUUGAAGACGAUGAUGGUUCUGAUUUCCAAAGCCCUUCUCUUGAUGAGGAGAGGAUUGAGCAGGAUUUGCUGAAGGAUAAGAGUGAUGGCAACAAGGGAGAUGCUCCAGUAGCUAAUCCAGCCAAUGCUGAAGCUCCUGAAACUGCUGAAUCUAUUGGGAAGGAGAACUGUGAAAAGGAAGACAAUGGGAAAAACAGUGGAAAUGAGAUUGGGAAGACUGAUGGCAAUACUCCUGGAAUGAAGCUUCAUCAGGUGGACAUGGCUGAAGAUGAGGAGGUCUUUAUUCAGCUAGAAGAUGUUACACCAAUGGAGGAGCUUUGGGGACCAUGCUUGGUUGGGUGUUUCACUGGCAGAUUCCCUGGCCUUGCCCCCAUUCAAUCCUUGGUGGAAUCUUGGAAAGUGCCCUGCCAAUUCUUGCCCCAUCAUAAGGGCUGGGUGAUCUUCAAAUUCCUCUCCAAUGAGGACAGGGACUCAGUGCUACAUAUGGAUGACCAUAGAAUAAGCAACAAAAAGUUGCUCCUCAACAUACCCCAGGAUGGGUUUAUGUGGAAUGCAAAAUCAUUUUCCACCAUGCCAGUUUGGGUCAAGCUUAUGGAUGUGCCAAUGCAAUUCUGGGGCCAUAAUUCUUUGUCCAAAAUAGCCUCAAAACUGGGAAGACCACUCUUUACUGAUGGCCUAACCAACAAAGUGGCAUCCAAAUUCACCUUGGAGGAGGACCCUGAUGACAAUUUGGCUUACAAGAAACCAAACUUUUGUAGGGUGCUCAUUCACAUGGACUUAUCCAAACCCCUUCCCUCCUCUGUGAAGGUCAACUUUGUGGGAGGCAGCUAUAUACAACAUGUAGAAUAUGAAGACCUGCCUCUUUACUGCUAUCAUUGUGAGAAGUUUGGACACACACCCUUUGACUGCCUUGAUCUCCAUGAGAUUCAGAGAAAGGAAACUGCUGAAGAACAAAUAGCUUUGGACAAGGCUAGAGUUGAGGUUUUGAAAACUUCCCUCUUGGUUGACAACGACAAGGAGAAGGAGAAGGCCAAACAGAAUCAAAAAGGCAAACAGGUUUUAGAAGGAACUAAAGGUGGUGAGAAACCUGCUGACCCCAAUGAACCCUCACCCUCCUUCUCCAAAAAGGAUGAUCAUGAUGGCUUCACACUUGUGGAAAAAGGAAGGGGAUCCCUUACUACACAUCCUCUUAAGGAAGCAAACUUCAACAAUGGCAACAAACAACCACAGCUCAGAAGGGAAACUAGAAGCAGUGGACGUGGACACAACCAUGGUAACAGGGGGGUACAUAAAGAGACCCCCUGGGCCAUCAUGGGGGAUUUUAACUCAGUUCUGAACUCCAGUGAGAGAUUAAACUGCCACACCUAUGCUUAUGAUAUGACUGAUCUGCUGCACUUUAGGCUCAAUAAUGAUUUGAUUGAUGCCAAGGCCACUGGUACUCACUUCACUUGGAACAGAGGGAACAAAUGGGCCAAAUUGGAUAGGGUGAUGGUGAACUGUGAAUGGGAUGCUCUACAUUGGGAUUGUUGGGCUGAAUUUAAGCCCAUGGAGUUCCAAUCUGACCACUGUCCUGUUCUGCUCCACCUCAUCCAAUCAUCCACCAAAGGCCCUAAACCCUUCAAAUUCUUCAACAUGUGGCUUAAACAUGACUCUUUUGAUAAUACUUUGAAGCAUGUAUGGGAUAUGAGGUUUAAUGGUACUAGACAGUUUAGACUAUGCAGAAAAUUGAAGAUGCUGAAGCAUCCUCUCAAACAGUUGAACAACAAGGAUUUUGCACAUAUCUCUUCCAGGGCUGAGGAGGCUAGAAAGUCCUACAAUGACCUCAUGGAUAAGGUGUACAAGGACCCUGAUAACUUGGAGCUACUCCAGCUUGUUGCCAAUACCAGGAAGAAAGCCUCUUUCUACUCUGAUGCAGAAAGAUCCUUUUUCCAACAAAAGGUGAAGUGUAACUUUAUUAAUGAAGGGGACAAAUGCACAAAAUUCUUCCAUGCAACGGUAAAGAAGCAAAGUGUGUUGAAUGCCAUCCCUGUUUUGAUUACAUCCCAAGGAACAACUACUACUUCUCUGGAGGCUAUUGUUGAGGAAUUCAUUGGCUACUAUAAUCAGAUUUUUGGUAAUACAGUCCCUACUUCCCCGGUGGAUUGGAAUGUCUUUAAAGAGGGGCCCAUCAUCCAACACCAGGAUGCCAUUGACUUGGUCAGGAAUGUGGAUAGAGCUGAAGUCAGAGAAGCCCUUUUCAGCAUUGGUGAUGAUAAGGCCCCAGGACCUGAUGGUUAUACAGCUGCCUUCUUCAAGAAGAAAUGGGACAUUGUUGGUGAUACUGUGGGAAAUGUGGAUUCUGUCAAUGUGUUGGCUAAGGCUAUCAAUAUUUUCUCCCAAGUAUCUGGCUUGCAUGUUAACCCUCUCAAAUCUAAUAUCUUUCUGGCUGGAGAGAUAAAAGACAGAAAAGAGGAUAUCCUAGCUAUGGUGCCCUUCCCUCAGGGUAAACUGCCUGUUAGAUGCCUGGGACUCCCUCUGACCUCACAGAGAGCUUCUGAAAGAGACUUUGCCCCACUUGUGAACAAGGUGGAUGAACAUAUCAGAAAAUGGAACACCAAAACCCUGUCUGCUGCAGGAAGAUUGGAACUCAUCAGAUCUGUUAUCCAAGGUAUUGAAGGAUUCUGGUUCCAAGCUUUCCCUAUUCAUAAAUCUGUCUUGGAUAGAAUAACCUCCCUUUGUAGAACUUUCCUUUGGGGGAGUAAGUUCUGUAAGGUUGCUUGGGAGGAUAUCUGCAAGCCCAAGGAUGAAGGGGGGCUUGGUUUGAAUCAGCCCAUAAUCUGGAAUCAGGCAAUUUUGAGCAAGAACCUGUGGAAUAUUGCCUCUAACAAGGAAACCCUGUGGGUGCAAUGGGUUCAUUCUGUUUAUCUUGAUGGUAAUGACUUUUGGACUUGGAGUCCUGGGAAGAAGGACUCCCACUUUUUCAAGAAGCUGACUGAAAUCAGAGACAUGCUAAUACUCAAGGGUGAAAUGAGACCCUGGAUGAAGGCUAUUUGGAAAUCCUACAUCCCACCCAGAUAUUCAUUCUGUGCUUGGUUGAUCUUCCGUAAGAGAAUUCCUACCAAAACCAGCCUUCACUUCAUUGAUAUGGAGAAUAGAUUAUGUGAGCUCUGCCACAAGGAGGAGGAAACUGGUCAGCACCUCUUUUUCAGCUGUGAAACCUCCACACUCAUAUGGAAUGCUAUCAGAUCAUGGCUUGAGAUUGGCCCUACCCUGUCUACCCUGGAUAGAGCCCUUACUUGGUUAAGGAGACUGAGGAGCAACCAUUGCUCUAGGAGGAAGAUGAUAAGGCUGGCUAUUCUUAGCACAGCCUACCACAUUUGGAGAUUGAGGAAUGGUGUGUACUUUGACAACCAGGCCAUUAAUAUUGAUGGUAUUGUGUGCAAGAUCAAGGUUGGUGUGUCUUCCCUUUGGUGCUGGUUGGGUGGGUGGGGCCCCACUGGUUUUGUGGACUGGGUAGAGCACUAUCACCUUAUGCCUGAGCACUCCAUCCUAGCUCAUUUGUGUGAGACAGGUUUUGACUUGAUUUCAGCCUUGGAUACUUCACUGGCCCAUCUUCUAAUCUACUACCUAGAUAGCUGUACUUGGAUGUGUGAUGCUGUGAUGCUGUGUGCUUUGUCUUAUGCUUGCAUUGAGUGUCCGGUUGUCUUCUCCGUUCAUUUUCGCGGCGCUGGUGAUGGUGUAACUCCCGUUUGGUUUCAGAUUCUUCAUCUCCUUGGUCUGGCGAGCUUCUCCAUUGGUGGAAUCCCUGGUUUCCAUCAUCUCCCGAAGUCAACGCAAGCUAGGGUUGGAGAUUUACUGUUCAUCUUCUACGCACUCUUCUUCGAUGAAUUCCAGGUAAGUGUGGCUUGUCUCUCUUUGUCUCUUGCCAUGGGGAAGAAGCCUAAGAAGACGACGAAUACCCCUGCACAUUCUCCUCCUCCUGCUACGAGGAAGAAGAAGAAGAGUACCAAACUUGUUGUAGAUGAUGAAUUGGAUGUUGUGAACACUGUGGAUGCUGGGGAGGAAUCGUCUGAUGAGGAAAAGGGUGAACCUUCGGUUCAGUCCUCUUUUGAUACCUCAAUUGAUGAAGAGGAAGUUGCUAGGGCUCUCCAAAUCUCACUGGAGCAGAACCUGGAAGCCAUCCUAACUGAUGAUGUUGACAAUGUCACUGCCAAUGAACAACCUUUGAAUAAGGAAACACCUACUGAGAAUGUUUCUGAUACACCUCUGGAACAACCCACCUGCAAUGAGGAGAAAGAGAAGGAAAAAGAACCCCCUGAUGCUGGCAAGAGUAGAGAUAAACUGAAUGAAGAUAAAGUGGAUAAGCCGAUUGAUGGAAAGAAAUCUUUUGCCUCCUUUUUCAAGAAAAACAGGGCUGAAGAUAAAGGAAUGAAGCUUCACAAGGUAGUUGCUCCUAAAUGCUUUAUACCUGAAGAAGACAUGCUGACUGUGGAAGAAAUUUGGGGACCUUGUCUGGUGGGUUGCUUCACUGGCAGAUUCCCUGGGCUGUUAGCUAUUCAAAAACUGGUUGACAGUUGGGGAGUCAAGUGUAAGUUUCUGCCUCACCACCAAGGAUGGGUUGUCUUCAAAUUCCUUACCAAUGAAGAUAGGGAUUCUGCACUCUUACUUGCCAAGAAGGAAAUCAAUAAUAAGAAAUUGCUUAUUAACAUCCCUCCUGAUGACUUUAUGUGGGAUGUUAAGUCCUUUUCAACCAUGCCUGUUUGGGUUAAGCUUUGGAAUGUUCCCAUGAGGUUCUGGUCCUCAAAUGCUCUAUCUCACAUAGGGUCUCAACUGGGCACACCCAUGUACACGGAUGGCCUCACUCACACAGUGGCUUCCAAGUUGAGUGCUGAAGAUCAGGAAGAGAAUGAUGAGCUUAAAUAUCAGAAGCCCAACUACUGCAGAAUGUUGAUAAACAUGGACCUAUCCCUUACACCUCCCACUUCUGUUGAGGUGGAUUUUGUUGGGGGUAGCUAUGUUCAAAAGGUGGAGUAUGAGGACAUGCCACAAUACUGCUAUCACUGUAAGUGUUUUGGCCAUGACCCCUUUAACUGCUCAGUUCUUCAUGAUAUCAACAAGAGGAGAUUCCAUGAAGAACAAAAAGCAAAAGAAAGGGCUAGGGUUGAAACCCUCAAAACCAUAAUGCUUACAGAAGCACAAGCAACAACUAGAAAGCAACACCAACCACAAAAGGGAAAGAAUAAUGGGAGAGAUGAUGUGAACAACACUUUGGAAAACAAAGGGAAGGGAAAGGAUACCUCUGAUGGUGUGGCCCAAAACCCAAAUGAUCCUGGCCCAUCCUUCACUACCCACACUGAGGGUGAUGGCUUCACACAAGUAGGAGGUGGCAAGGGCAAACUUACCACACACCCUAUCAGGGAUGGAAAACUGAAAACUGGAUACAACAAAGGGGGAGGCCAGACUGGAGGAUACCGAGAUGCUAAUUCUACUGGGUUGGAUUUCACUUGGAAUAAAGGUGAUAAGUGGGCUAAGUUAGACAGGGUACUUGUGAACUAUGAUUGGGAUAAGUUGGAUUGGGAAUGCUGGGCUGAAUUCAGAGAUAUGGAGAUAGUGUCUGAUCACUGCCCUGUUUUGUUGAAACUACUACCUACCCAUACCCAUGGAACCAAAUCCUUUAAAUUCUACAAUAUGUGGACCAACCAUGAUGAUUUUGAUAGAGUGGUCAGACAGAUUUGGGACCAGAGAAUUGUUGGAACUAGGCAGUACAGACUUUGCACUAAGCUCAAGAAACUCAAGUACCCUUUGAAGCAGCUGAAUAGACAUGAGUUUGGACAUAUAUCUCAGAAAGCUGAGGAUGCCAGGAAGAUGUACAGCACCCACAUGAAGAUGCUUAUUCUGGACCCCAGCAAUCCAGCUUUGAUCAAAGAAAGUGAUAUCCUGAGGAAGAAGGCUAACUUUUACUUGGAUGCAGAGAGAUCCUUCUUCCAGCAGAAAACCAAGCGUGACUUGGUCACUGAAGGGGAUAAAUGCACCAAAUUUUUUCAUAAUCUCAUGAAGAAGAGGAAUACUAAUAAUGCCAUUCCCUUCCUUAUCCUUGAGGAUGACAGAGUGACCACUUGUCAGGAGGAAAUUGCAAGUGAAUUCAUCCAGUACUUCACUCAGCUUUUUGGAAGAACUGUCCCUACUCAAGGUGUUGACUGGGAUGUAUAUCAAGAAGGCCCCACAAUUUCACAAUCUGAUUGUACAAGCUUGACAAAGAAGGUUGAUAUUGCUGAGGUUCUUGCUGAAGCCCUCAAACACUUUGCAGCAGUCUCUGGAUUGCAUGUCAAUGAACAUAAAUCCAAUAUCUACCUGGUGGGUAAGAUUAAGGAUAACAAACAGGACAUCCUUAACCUUGUUAACUUUUUAGAAGGCCAUCUACCUGUGAAGUAUUUGGGUUUGCCUCUUACCUCUCAAAGGGCUUCUGAGAGAGAUUUUGCUCCUCUUGUUGAAAUGAUUGAUGAUAAUAUUAAAAGGUGGAACACUAAGACCCUGUCCAUGGCAGGAAGAGCUGAACUCAUCAGAACUGUGAUCCAAGGUAUUGAAGGCUUCUGGCAACAAGCCUUUCCCAUUCACAAGAUUGUGCUCAACAGAAUCACCACACUAUGUAGGUCCUUCCUUUGGGGCAGCAAAUUCUUCAAGGUGGCAUGGGAUGAUAUUUGCAAGCCUAAGGAGGAAGGGGGCCUUGGUUUGAGAAAUUCUGGUUACUGGAAUCAAGCUCUUAUGGCCAAAACUCUGUGGAACAUUGCAUCUAGAAAGGAGACCCUUUGGGUGCAAUGGGUCCAUGCAGUCUACUUGCAGGAGAGGGACAUCUGGACCUGGAUCCCUAAAAAAGAGGACUCACACUUUUUCAAAAAGCUGGCUGAAAUCAGAGAUAUCCUCCUCUUAAAAAUUGGGCCAGACAUCACACAUCAGAAUGGUAUGGACAUGAUCAUGGUUGAUGGGAGUGUUUGUACCUCUAAGGUUUAUGACCUCAUCAGAACUCAUGGAUCAAAGAAGGCUUCCAUGAGGGUCAUCUGGCAGAGUUACAUUCCUCCCAGAUUCUCCUUCACUACUUGGCUUGCUUUAAGGAAGAGAUUGCCUACCAAAGUCAUGCUUAGCUUCAUACAUAUGGACAGCAGACAGUGUAGCCUCUGUGGUGAGGAGUUGGAAACAACUAAUCAUUUGUUCUUUGCUUGUGUGGUCUCAAAUGACAUAUGGAAAGGAAUAAGGGAUUGGCUGAAUAUUCCCAAUGAACUGUCAACUAUUGAAAGAGCCAUUAAAUGGCUUUUGAGAAGGCAUGGAGUUCAUGGAAACAGAAGGAGCAUGUGGAGAUUGGCUACUUUGAGUACCAUCCACCACAUUUGGAAGAUGAGAAACCAAAUCUAUUUUGACAAUCAAGGGAUCAACUAUCUUGCUGUGAUUAGGAAGAUCAAAGUGGGAGUGUAUAAAAUCAUGUACAGAUUGUACCCUCACUCCACUUUUGCACUGGCUGAAGAUAAGGGAAUGAAGCUUCACAAGGUCGUUGCUCCUAAAUGCUUCAUACCUGAAGAAGACAUGCUGACUGUGGAAGAAAUUUGGGGACCUUGCCUGGUGGGUUGCUUCACUGGUAGAUUCCCUGGGCUGGUAGCCAUCCAAAAACUGGUUGAUAGUUGGGGAGUCAAGUGCAAGUUCCUGCCUCAUCACCAAGGAUGGGUUGUCUUCAAAUUCCUUACUAAUGAGGAUAGGGAUUCUGCUCUCUUACAUGCCAAGAAGGAACUCAAUAAUAAGAAAUUGCUCAUUAACAUCCCUCCUGAUGACUUUAUGUGGGAUGUUAUGUCCUUUUCAACCAUGCCUGUUUGGGUUAAACUGUGGAAUGUUCCCAUGAGGUUCUGGUCCUCAAAUGCCCUAUCACACAUAGGGUCUCAACUUGGCACUCCCCUGUACACUGAUGGCCUCACUCACACAGUGGCUUCCAAGUUGAGUGCUGAGGAUCAGGAAGAGAAUGAUGAGCUUAAGUAUCAGAAGCCCAAUUACUGCAGAAUGUUGAUAAACAUGGACCUAUCCCUUACACCUCCCACUUCUGAACUCCACCUAAAACAACCCCCAUCGAUACAAAAGGGGAAGGAAAAUGGGAAAGAUGAAGUGAACAACACUGCUGAAAACAAAGGAAAAGGAAAAGAUAGCUCAAGUGGUGUGGCCCAAAACCCAAAUGAUCCUGGCCCAUCCUUCACUGCCCAUAUUGAGGAUGAUGGCUUCACACAAGUAGGAGGGGGCAAGGGCAAACUUACAACACACCCUAUCAGGGAUGGAAAGCAGAAAACUGGAUACAACAAAGGGGGAGGUCAGACUGGAGGAUACAGAGGUGAUCUCAGUAGCCCUUGGGUUGUCAUGGGGGAUUUCAAUGCAGUUAUCAGCUCCACUAUAAGAGUGAACUGCCAAACCCAGAGUGCCUACUACAUGACAGAUCUCAGGCAGUUCAGAAUCAACAAUGCCCUUAAUGAUGCUAACUCAUCAGGGCUGGAAUUUACUUGGAACAAAGGUGAAAAAUGGGCCAAACUUGACAGAGUUCUGAUCAAUGAUGAAUGGGAAAAUCUGCAAUGGGAUUGCUGGGCUGAAUUUAGAGACAUGGAGGCAAUCUCUGACCACUGCCCAGUGUUGCUGAAACUUAUGAAUAUCCAAAACCAGAGCACCAGGCCUUUUAAGUUUUACAACAUGUGGCUCAAGCAUGAUAAUUUUGAUAUGGUGGUGAGGGAGAAUUGGAACCAAUGGGUCAAUGGAACAAGGCAGUACAGAUUAUGUGUCAAACUCAAAAAACUGAAACAACCUUUGAGGCUUCUAAAUAAACAACAUUUUGGCCAUAUUUCUCAAAGAGCUGAAUCUGCCAGAAAGGAGUACAACCAUCUCAUGCAGGAGCUAAUCCUGGAACCUGACAACCCUUCCCUUUUGUCCAAAAGUGUUGAACUCAGAAACAAAGCCAGUUUCUUCAUGGAUGCUGAAAGAUCUUUCUUCCAACAGAAGACUAAGUGUGAACUGCUCUUUGAGGGGGACAAAUGCACCAAAUUUUUCCAUGCCCUGAUGAGGAAAAAGAAUCAUAGUAGUGCCAUCCCCUUCAUUCUUACAAAUGAUCAGAGAAUCACCUCCAGUUUGGAGGAGGUUGAAAAGGAAUUUAUUGAGUACUUUACCAAUCUCUUUGGAACCACUGUCCCCAUUGAACCUGUUGAAUCGAAUGUUUUUGAAGAGGGCCCUCUCAUCCCCAACCAUGCAGCUAACAACCUCAUCAGAAAGGUGACUAUUGAAGAGGUCCUUGCUGAUGCCUUGAAGCAUUUUUCCUCUGUCUCAGGCCUCCAUGUCAAUGCACAUAAAUCAAACAUUUAUUUGGCAGGACAAAUCAAAGGGAAUAAGCAGCAUAUCCUCAACUUGGUGAAUUUCCCUGAAGGACUUUUACCAGUUAAAUACCUGGGACUGCCACUCACUUCACAAAGGGCAUCAGAGAGGGACUUUGCACCAUUGAUUGAAACUGUUGAUGAUAAUAUAAGAAGAUGGAACAGAAAGACUUUGACCUUUGCUGGAAGAGCUGAACUUAUUAGGAGUGUUAUCCAAGGGAUAGAAGGUUUUUGGCUUCAAGCUUUCCCCAUCCAUAAAUCUGUCCUUAACAGGAUAACCUCCAUCUGCAGAACCUUCCUUUGGGGAAACAAAUUCUACAAAGUGGCUUGGGAUGAUAUUUGCAAACCAAAAGAGGAAGGGGGACUUGGACUUAGGAACUCAGAAGUUUGGAAUCAAGCACUUAUGGCUAAAAAUCUGCGGAACAUUGCUUCAAGAAAAGAAACCCUCUGGGUUCAGUGGGUUCACAGUGUCUACCUUCAGGACAGAGAUGUUUGGGCCUGGAUCCCUAAACAUGGGGAUUCACACUUCUUCAAAAAGCUUGCAGAAGUGAGAAACAAUCUAGCCCAGAAGCUUGGUACUGAUCAGAAUCAAGAAGUGGAUUGGGAUGAACUCCUUGUAGAUGGAAAAUUCUGCACAGCAAAGGUGUAUGAUUUACUGAGAGUCCAUUUGCCUCCUAAACCCUGCAUGAAAAUGAUUUGGCAAAGCUACAUUCCACCCAGAUUCUCUGUUACAACCUGGCUUGCCAUCAGAAGAAGGUUAUCAACCAAGGUGAAUCUGGGAUUUAUCCCCAUGGAGAAUAGGAAUUGUAGCCUCUGUGGACAAGAGCUUGAGACCACUGAUCACCUUUUCUUUGCUUGCACUGCUUCCCAUCAGAUUUGGAAGAAUGUGAAAGAUUGGCUUAAAAUUCCUUAUGCACUCUAAACUAUUGAAAGAGUCAUCAAAUGGCUCCUUGGAAGGCAUAGAGUGCAUGGCAACCUGAGAAACAUCUGGAGAUUAGCAGCAAUGAGCACCAUACAUCAUAUUUGGAAGUUGAGAAAUGCUGUAUAUUUUGAGGGUAAGAGUGUGGACUGUGAUGCAACUACUUGGAAAAUUAAGGUGGGGGUCUAUA